CUCAGCGGCAGUGACCAAUCAUAAGCCUCGGUUAUGCGCGUUGGCCUCGUCAAACAUCUCGUGUAGCAUCUGAAUGUGCUGCUCAUGGGAAGCUUAAUACGGAUCAUUUGAGGUUUAGGAGUUUUGGAGCAACUAGCUGCCGCCUCUUCGUGCAAUUUAACGGCUUCAAGGCUGGGGGCAGGAGACGAUCAGUGCUUCUAUAACAGAGAAACUGGGUGUGAAGACAAGAAUUGGAGAGAUGAUGCGAUGGGACCUUGCCUUACGGAGCUGCCGCCAGCACUUGCUACAAUCAGUCCUGGCCAUUAUGACACUGCUCAUGUUCUUUCAUGUGGGUACAACCAGUGCCCAGCACCGCCGGAAUGAGCCAAAGUGGGAGAAGCAUGUCAGACCUGACUUUUUAUCCCAAGUGACUCGUGCCAUGAGGGAGACCAUGGAGAGUUUGAUUGGGCAAGAGAACUUCAUAAUGUUGAAUGAGCACAUCUCUUCCCUGGUCUGGAUUGUGUCCAGUGGGAUCUCUUCAGCGUUAUUUGUUGUGGCUCGAAUUGCAGGGCAGUUCCUUACUUCCUUUGGAAUGGCUGGGGAGCAUGCAACUCAGUUCCUGAAGCUAAACCCUGACCAGGUGCAGACGGUGCUGCUCUGGGGCCUGGCUGCUCUGAUUGGCUAUUGGGUGUUGUCGCUGUUGCUGAGACUGCUGCUUGCCAUCUUGAGCCGCAUCAUGUGGGGCCUCAAGGUGGUCCUCUUUGGGGCCUGCUUUAUGUUUAUUGUCACUGCCGUACCUGACCGUUCAGUGCAAACUUUGCUUCUGCUGGUCUUACUUACGCUGUAUGUCCUACUGGGUUGGCUGAGUGGGUCAAACCGCUCAGGGGCACAGCUUGAAGCCAAAGUGCACAGCUUGGAGCGCCAAGUGGAGGAACUGCAGCGCAGGCAGAGGCGGUCUGCCAAGCACCUGGAUGAAGAAUGAAGUGGGGGCCUAGUAAUGUCCAUGUACCUUCCCGAAGGGGCAGAUUUCUUACUUUCUUCAUGUACUCCAUGAUUCUUUGACUGUUGAUGCUCUCAGGUGACUCUUUCAUUCAUAGCUAUGGAGGAGCAUAUAAAUACUAAAGGGAACUUCUGUUCAGGAGAAUGGAUGAAUCUGAGAUAGUGUAACUUCCCACUUCUCACUCCGGUGACCUGUUAAAAGCACUCUCUCCGUUCUUGUUUUCCUUGUCUUGUGCUUUGUUUUGGAUUUUUUCAUGCCCUUUUCUUCUAGACCUCAACCUGCCAUCUUCCUCCUAGAUGAUGAGCCUGGUGGCGGAGUGAGGGUGUUGUUCACUCUUAAACAUAUUUUUUAAAGUAUUUUUUCCUGCAGUGCUGCAUGUCUGAGGAUCUUGGGUUAAGAUGUUGCACCAGCAAGCCAAUUUGUAUAGCUGACUAAAGCCAGGUGCCUACACGAAAGCUAAAGUGAUGACCUGCUAUGCUUGUGAUUACAACGGAGGAAAUUAAGAUGUUGUGUUGGGAGAGGGUGUUUCAGUCCUAGCUCCUUAUAAGCCAAAGAUGCUCAUGUAGAACCAAGGCCACACAGUUUUCUUAUGCUAGUUCUGCAUAAGGGAGCCUGAUAGUAUCAUGGCUGGUAGUGUUCAUCUGCCUGUCCUGAGCAGAAAAAAGCUAUAGACAAAUGAAUGGUCAUAGCUCUUCCCUCCAGACUGAAUUUGUACCACUAGCAAAUGGAAUAACAAGCUCAGACUCAAGUACUUUUUCUGCUUGUUUUGGGAAGGAGGCAUAACUUACUUGGUGAUGUUAGCCACAUAUCUGUUGCCAAUAUUUAUAUAUAUAUUUUUAAACUGCCAAUUUUAAGCAAAUGGAGUAUUUUGUUAUACUCUUCCAAAUAAAGUCUAUUUAAUCAUU